AUGGCAGAGCAGACUAGUCACGAUGUGGUAAACCAAACCCGGUCGGGCGGCGAGCCUUCGUCUUCCGACGUUCCUGCGAGCAAAAACGACAAGUACUCUGCUGAAGGGGGCGAGGGGAGGAUUACCAAAAUCGAAUUCAACUUUCAAAACAAAUCAGCCAACAAUAUAGAACCAUCUCAGCGUGACACAAGAACCAUGGACACAAGCGAGGCCGAGAAUUCUUCGGGUGAAGGAAACAAGGAUACUGGUAGAAAUGGGUCAGCUGCUGUGGCGACGAGAGCUCUGGAAUUAAACGGAGCGGCGUCUCUGUCCGAUGGUGGUGAAGAUGGUGGUUCUUUGGGUGGCUCAGAUACAGACACUAGUCGUAAUGAUGGCCGACAACAUCUUCGGACCGGUUCGAUCAAGAAGCCAACGGCUUUUAAGCCCGUGUCGUUUGCGAAAUUUUCAGUGCCCAAGGCGCCUGGAACUUCGACGACACCAAAACUUGGUGAGAAAUCGACUCUUUCGGUGACCCCGUCAAGCGCCUCACCACAACCCUCAACACGGCCGCGUUUGGUUGCGAAGACAACGAGUGGAUUGGGGUCGUCAUCGAAACAUGCAGCAGCUGGGUUGAAAGGCUCUUCUGGUGGUCCGGAUGCCAGCCAAGUCUGGAAUAAAAAUAGGCCCGCUCAACCGCCGCCCACGAAGCAUCUCACGGACGAAGAACUUAAACAACAAUAUGGUAUCCAUAUGACGUCUCGAAUUCAAGAAGAUGGAAAUGGAACAGAAUCAAAGUGGGCGGACAUUGAUGACGACGAGGAUGACUGGGCACCUGAAACUAUUGAAUGGAACGACGGCACGAAGAUCAAACUUACACAUACCGAAAAUACCCAGCCUCCGCCACAGGAAAUUCGCGAUCCCAGUGAAGCAAAUGAAAUUGCAAUACCGGCGCAACCUCCGGCUCGGGACAGUGCGAAGGUUCUCUUCUCCAAAUCGUCCACCACGGUUGGACCGAACGCAACGGUCUUACGCCUGGGAGCGAAUGCGGAAAGACAGCAACAGGCUAAGGCUGCUAUUGCCUCGCGGUCAGGGUCCGAUAAGCCUAUCUUGACGACAAAAUCCCCUGCACCGGUCCCAAUGAAGUCUCCAUGGGCUUCUCUACCCCCCGUUGAAAGGGUUUCACCGGUAAAUCCUCCUGUCCAAACAGUGCAAAGCCACCACACCGCUCGAUUUCAAGCUAGGGACCACACAAUUCCCGAUAAGAACGUGUCUACAAUACCUGCACGAGAGAUAGCGGCCGACGACUUCAAUCGCUCUUGGAGAGAGAGCCAAUCAAAUGUUCCCAGAGAACUCUUCAAUUCCCAGUCCGGCCGAUACGAGCCAGUGCCGGAUACGCGCAAAGGCCCCGCCCGUGAUGGUCAUAUGCGUCCCGCAACGGUUCUACAGAGGCCUGGUAAUAAUGAAGCUGGUGGCCCUGCAGAGCCAUCUGCUGCAUUCCAGACCUACAGAUCUAGCCACCAAGAGCCUGGUCAUUGGGGGCGUCGACGUGCUUCAUCAAACGUCAGUGGUGGUAGUGGGAGCUACGGACGUCGUAUGUCAAUCGGGCGACCAGACAAUCAGGGAAAGUUCUAUGAAGGUAGACGAGGGUCGCAAGUUAACGGUGUGGUAGAUCACUCAAUUUCACCGAGCGAAACGGUACAUUCGAAAGAUUUUAUGCCGUCUGAACAACCCGCAACCCAACCACCACCCAAUCAGACAUGGCAAUCCAAAACGAACAACAACACAGCUUAUGCGCCUCCCAGUAGCCAGCCGUCGACCUCAGAAGAAAUCAAGCAGGAUACUAACCAGGCUUCUGCCGAAGAUGUUAUCCUUAUGCAACAACGUAUUAUGAAAGAAAAGCGUCUAGAAGCUCGUCAACGAAGGCUAGAGCAAGAACAAAAGGAGGAAGCUGAACGUCGAGAACGCAUUCGCCUGAAGCUCGAAGCUCUGGGACCUGCUCCAGAUAAAGAGAAACAUACUGCGAAAGUUGACGAACAGCCCGAAUUAACGGCAGCAGCAAGCAAGGCAUCUCCCAAAGACCAACCUGCAACGGUGGGUGCACAACACAUCAUACAAUCUCCACCCAAGCCUCCUGUUCCUGAACCCAGCGGAGAGCCAAAACAAUAUGGAAUGAUGAAGGUUCAUCAUCCUGAGUCGGUGAAGAAAUUGGUUGCAGCCAAUGAACGAGCCACCGAGAAGCCGCUGGCAAUCAGUCGACGCAGCAUUUCUCCACAACGCGACGUCAAACAUGAGACAGUCAAGACCAAUGGAGUUUUGCAGGACGAAGCACUAUUGCCGAAAGAUCAAAAUGCCGAUUUACCCGCAUUGGAAGACAAGGAAUCACAAUGGAGAGCAAGUCAAAAUUCCUCAUACUCUCCUUGGGGAACCGGACCUAAGCUUAGCACUCACUCUUCCCCAAGUUCCAAUAUGUGGAAGCCUCUCAGCAGCGACAAGACACUUGGCAACGGUACUUUCGACCGUAAUUUGACCGCAUUUUCGCACGAUCUCUCUCUCCGUGGGCCUGCUGGGUUGGCCGAACCUUCUCCUAUUGGUUCAUUACAAAAUAUUGAUAAGACCACUAGUUCGCAACCGUUUGUUGGUGCGAGACUUGGAGCAGAACAUAAGCAGUCGUUAACUUCCAUUCCUCCAUCCGAUAGUGCUCAUGCGCCAUAUGAACCUUUCCAGCCUAUCGUGAGACCACGACCCAUUGGCCCUCCCAAUGCCCAACAUAGCCCCUGGCAAGCUGAUACCCGUCGAAAUGUUCAGGCAGCGACUUCGGCUUGGGGCAAUUUUCAUUCAGUCGCCGCGAAGCAAGAUGCUGAAACAAAUGCUAAGUUUCAGCGAGAAUUUGAAGCCAUGCGCGAUGAGCCUCCUGCCUCCCUUAAUGUCACUUUCUCUGAAACCUGGCGUCAGGUGCGGUCUGGAGAUCAAGUGAAUCAAAGGGAAGUGAUUGACGUGGUGAAAUCGACUAAAUCCACGGGAUCACUACCAGCACUUCAUGGAUUUGAUGCCUCUAUAGACAGCCUACCAUUCCCAGAAGCUCAACCUCGGCCGUUUGGCAAUGUUCCCAACCGCGGCUCUCGCUUUUUCCCUACUAUUACGGAUACUUAUCGAGGUCCUCUGGCUGUAGAUGAUGGACGUCCUCGGAGUCCGUCACCACCACCCCCUGAGGCGUAUUCGACUCACCCUGCAUAUAGCGGUGAUGCUCAUCGACCUUUGGUUAAUUUACCUAUCCCCAAACCAAUAGUUCGCUUGCCACCUAAGAUUAGCCAGCCCCCUCCGAAACCACCAACAUUCGCUUCCAUGGCGGCGACACCGUUGCGACCGCCGCACCCCUCUAUGAGCGCAACUUCUUGGCAGGAUCGUAUCAAUGGGCUCUUUGGCAAGGCGACUCCAGAGAAGAAGCAUAUUCUGGCUGUUGCGUCUGCAACCAAGGAACCCUUGGAUGUCCAAUCACAUUUGCAUCCGGCAGCCGUUUCAUUUCCUCAAAUUAGAGGAGUUGACGUUCGAGAUGUCGAAAUGGUGACUUCUAAGGAAGUUGAGGAAGAAGAAGCAAUUUUCGAAGACCGGGAAGCAGGUUCGCUGCCUGUUGUUCGUGUACCUGUCAUGGCACCGCCGAAUGCGUGGCAUGCAGCCCUCCCUCCGCCAGCUCGUCUUCGGCCCAAAGUUCUCAGACCCAUGCAGGUUCAUACCGUCGAGCCAUUCACUCCGGAAUUUCCCAAGAAAGAUGUGUCUGGAAAUUGGAAUAUCGUCGUCCAUAUUCCUGGAUGUGAUAACGUGGCUUCAGUAGCCUUGUCGAAAAAGCUUCCUUUGGCGACUUCACGAUCCAAAGGAAACACCACUUUCCGUACUCGCAAAAGCACCAAACCCAGGGAGCCGGGGACGAAAUACAAUGGUUCAAAUAACAAUAAACGACAGGGCUCGUCUUCCCACGUGAUCAAAAGCGGCGAAAACUAA